CUUAUUUCGGCUGGGCACGAAGCUUCAACUAUAUAUAAGCGUACAAGUUUCAGUCAAGCUCCUCCUCCUUUCCAAACCCUCUCCCUUAAUUUGCUCUCUAUUUCUUGCUUUUCAUGCUUGCUUGGAUUUUGGGUUUGUGAGGUUUGCUUGUUUUUAGAGAGAAACAGAGAGGAUGAAGUGUAGCAGUGAGUCUUCUUCCAAACCGGACAGGAAGACAGUGGAGAGAAACAGAAGAAUUCAAAUGAAAAGUCUCUGCUUCAAGCUUGCUUCACUUGUCCCUCCCCAACACUUCAAAACCACCAACUCCAAGGAUACCGUGUCAAAGCAAAAUCAACUUGAUACUGCGGUAUCCUAUAUAAAGCAACUGAGAGAGAGAAUAGAGAAUUUGAAGGAGAGGAAGGAGAAAGCAAUGAGGUCACAAUUAGGCAGUUCUAAUUCUGACAUUAGUGCUAUUGCUGCCGAAAAUGCCGUAAUGACGGGAUCAAGAUUACCAGUCCUUGAAUUACGAGACUCGGGUUCCUGCAUAGAAGUUAUGCUGAUUAGUGGGUUGAAUAAGAACUUCAUGUUUUAUGAAGUCAUCCGUGUUCUUGAGGAACAAGGAGCUGAAGUUGUCAGCGCUAGCUUUUCCACUGUAGGCGAUAAAGUUUUCCACUCGGUGCAUGCUCAGGUCAAAAUUUCUAGAGUUGGAGUAGAGACUUCAACGGUAUGGCAGAGACUACAGGAUUUGUUAUACUGA